UUUCAACCAUAAUUUCCAAGUACAGUGGCAAUAUGUUAUUAAUUAACGGCGUUACAAAAUCGCCAUUAAAUUUUAAUGAAAUUCAUUUGUGGCGUUCGUAAAUUCACAUCUGACAGAUACUGCGUCAUUCAGAUUUUAAAAAAUGGUUUUGUUAUUUUGUGCUUGGAUAUUCACUGGUGACAGAAUUAUUGAGACCCUGAUUUUUCGGAUGUGAGGGGAAAAUUUUAAAUUUGAUAUUAUGUUAGCCGGGUAGGUUAUGGCGUAGAAAGACAGGGUGACUAAGGAAAGUCUGAAGAGUAGUGUCACUUUGGAACAAAACUUAUAGUCACUCAGCUGGUUAGGAUAUCUUUCCACUCCGAUGUAUGGAACAAAAUGGUUCAUCGCCGUGUUUGCAAGAACGCUUUACUUGUUCCUGCUCUGAGCCAGAUGAAUCCAAUCCUCAUGUCAACAUUCUGUUCUCUAAAUCCAUUCCAAUAUUAUCCUUCCACAUACGCCAAGUUUCGCAAGUAGCAUCGUUCCUGCACCUGCAGGUUGAAAGCGUAAGAUUCGUGAAAACGUGUAGAGGCACGUCUAGUGUUUGAAGUUGUAUAUGAAAACAGAUUCUUUAGGAGACUUAUUGCGGAGCGUAGAAUCGUCAUUUAGUUACGAUUUUAAUUGACAUGAGUUAUAGAAGGCGAGCUUUACUACAGGCUGAACAGUUUCAUUUCUGAAAAACGACACCUAACUUGAAAACAGGUACAAAUAGUAUUUUCUUUUUCCACAUGAACCCACGUUAAGAAUAGGCGUUCCUGGGCAAAUGUUAUACAACAGCAAACGUGGUGGUUUCGAGCUCUCUCUAUAUUAAAUAGAACUAAAAUUGCAGUGGCAUAAAAGAGCAUGUAAAUAUUAUACAUUUCAUAUUUGUGCCCUAACCACACUGUGAACAGCUCAGGCUAUAGAGCAUUGAAUGGAAUAACAUAUUUAUGUGUGGAUCAUGGGCCUACCAGCAGCGACAUUGCAAAGGAAGGUGAUAUUCUCAGGGAAGAAAUACAAUUCCUCAGAACAGACUCUCUGUGGUUCUAUAGUAUCUACACGCGAUACCAAGAACCAUGAGUCUUCACCAAUUGAAACUGGGAAACAUGCAGCACAGCAAAUCCUUGAGCCUUGUACCAUGCCAGGUGAGUGCUGGGCAUUUGAUGGUUCAGGUGCUGUUGUGAUUCAAUUGAUUGGUAAGGUGAACGUUAAAGCAGUCUCUGUCGAGCAUACUUCACAUUCCCAGUUGCUCCCAGGAUUAAUAAAGAACGCACCAAAGGAUUUCUCUGUAUGGGAACCAGCAACAAUUCCGUUUCGCUUCAUUGAGCUCAAGAUUCACAACAAUCAUGGUAAAGCAAAUUAUACCUGCCUUUAUCGCUUCAGAGUACAUGGAACUCUGGAUCCUGUUGAGCAAGCAUAAACACUGUCCAACUGACGGGGAACAAUGCUGCCUUAUCCACAGAAGCUAAAUGUCUAUAGUAAUGACGAGGAAUAUGUAUUCCAGGAGUGAAAAAUGUGAUGUCUGUAGUGCAACAGAAUUUUUGGGACACUGAAAUCCCCACAUAAUAUAAUUAUUACAAGGCAGCUGAAAACUGGAAUAGUGCAGCCAGAGGAGACGACCGUUGAUAGGUAAUGGCCGAUAUGCACAAUUCUGUGGCAGUGAAUACAUGAUGCUACCAGAGAAAUGGUGGAAAUGGCAUUUCCUACUUGGUGUGACCUGAGGCUGCAUACCUAGACCACCCAGCCAGUUGCUUCAACCUAAACAUAUUCAAUAACAAUUCUAAUAAUAUAUAUUUACAGAUCUCUUACUGUGAAUCUACUGAAUCUAACACACAGUGUUACAUUAACACUAUAUGUUGGAUUCAGUAUAGUUUCUAGGCCUUUUAAAAAAACGUAUGGCUUAACUAGUAGUGUGUACCAGUGUUUAAACAGAGGCCUUGCAAUGAGCUCAUCACUCACCAAAGGAGUCCUACCUUCUGCAAAAAAUGAUUACAUAACUGAAUGUAAUAACUGUAUGUGGGAGGAUAAUAUUGGAAUGGAUUUUGAGAACAGAAUGUUGACAUGAGGAUUGGAUUCAUCUGGCUCAGAGCAGGAACAAGGAAAGCGCUCUUGCAAACAUGGCGAUGAACCAUUUUGUUCCAUACAUGGGACUGGAAAGAUAUCCUAACCAGCUGAGUGACUAUAAAUUUUGUUCCAAAGUGACAGUACUCUUCAGACGUUCCUUAGUCACCCUGUCUUUCUACGCCAUAACCUACCCGGCUAAGAUAAUAUCAAGUUCAAAAUUUUCCCCUCACAUCCGAAAAAUCGGAGUCUCAAUAAUUCUGUCACUAUUGAAUAUCCAAGCACAAAAUAACAAAACCAUUUUUUAAAAUCUGAACGAUGCAGUAUCUGUCAGAUGUGAAUUUACGAACGCCACAAAUGAAUUUCAUUAAAAUAUAAUGGCGAUUUUGUAACGGCGUUAAUUAAUAACAUGUUGCUACUGUACUUGGAAAUUAUGGUUGAAAUACUUACCAACGAUCAGCACUGUAAUCUGACUGAGGAUGAAACCAAGAAUGCAAAUAUUUCCUCUUCUUCGGUUAUACGCCAUAAUAAAAAUGUAUGAAGAGACAAUAACUUGUUGAACUGUUCUAUAGAAACUAUUACAGUUGCACAGUAUACACGGACGAACUUGAAUUGAAGAAUGGUAGUGAACUCCUUGAACACUGAACAUGAAUUGUAGAAAUUCCACUCAUUGUAUCUUCUUAUGUAACCAAGAGUCGGAAAUAUAGAAAACAUGUCACUGUC